AUGUUGUUGUCACUGGAAAAUCACAACGCACAGGAGGCACAGUUGGUCUCUAAAGCUAAAGAGUGGGCCGAACAGCUUCGGCCUCACCUGCUACACAAAGUACGACGUGUUACCCUUUAUCUGGACCACAAUCCUAAGAAGCUUGAAUAUCCUAUGGCACUCACUACCCUCAACGCUCAACAAUGGCGGGACAUCAUGUCACCAGUUCUCCAGGUGUGCUUACCUAGGUCAGGUGUUUGCCGCAACUUUCCCCGUUUGGUGGUUUUUGCCCCGGUGGAUUAUCAAGGCCUUGGUGUUCCUCACCCCUUUGGCAAGCAAGUGUACAAACACUUGGAGAUGAUCCUGCGCCAUAUGUCGGGGGGUACAAAGACUGGAGCCUACAUGGACGCCAAUCUCCAGGCUCACCAACUGGAAACCGGUACCUCCUUUGGUCUUCUACAGCAAGAUUACCAGAAUACAUCCAUUCUUGCUUCUGAUACCUGGCUUAAACGGGUAUGGAAGGAACUUGAAUCUCUGGAUAUGUACAUGGCCUUUGACUCUCCGGCCCUAUCUUUAAGGUGUCAUCAUGACGCCCUCCUGAUUGACUUGUUCAUGGAUCUUGAGGUUGAUCAGGACGACCUUCUCUGGCUUAACUGGUGCCGGAUGUUCCUGCAAGUAGCCACAGUAUCAGAUAUCACUACGGCUGAUGGCCGCUAUAUCCGGCAAUGCAUCUGGAACGGUUUCCGCGACGACACUUAUUGGACUCCAUAUAACUGGCCUCAAACGGUACGACCCGGGCGUCCAUAUUGGGAACUCUGGCAACGAACACUGUCCCGCGCGCUCUUGCCUUCACAUGGUCAGCACCACCCUCUGCUCCAACCCCUGGGACAUUGGCACGACCACUUUGAGUCUUGGAACUGGCUCUGGUCGCCGACUGUUGGGUUGUUUCAGGGCUGCAUGGACCCAUCUUGCUCUGGGCCGCCUCAGAAUACAGUUAGGGUUAGGGUGGGAACUGCUGCUGUUCAGCUCCUUCCCAGAGCGGGAACUGCUCGCAUUGUCAUCCGUUGUCAAACUCCAGGCCUACCUCAGGAUCAGAGUGCCCAUCGGGGCGAGUUGAUUGGCCUUCUGGCUGGGAUUAUGGCGGUUGACUGGCUCCUCCAACAAUGGUUCCCAGCCCUUAGCCAGCGGCCGGGUGUCAAGAUCGCCUGCGACGGCCUUUCGGCCAUUGAAAUGGCCUUUGAAGAUCGACCCCUUUCACCCACUGAUGCACAAUUUGACCUGAUCUCUUCCAUCCGGGAAGCCAUCUCUCGGUCUCUGGUGUCUUGGUCUCCACGGCAUGUCUACGGACAUUUGGACAAGUCCAACUUAUUUGAUGAACUCACUUGGUGGGAAAAGAAAAACCUGGAGGUGGAUGGCAUGGCAGUGGAUUUCCGCAAGGAACUAGAGGCGGCCCACCAACUUAUCCCCCCCAACCCUCGGUUCUUCACGGAACUGGCAGCUCUUUUUGUGGCUGACACAAAGCAGUCUCGGCUGAGUGACCACUUCAUUCAGGAGUGCGUGACACUCCCCCGCCUGCGGCAACAAUGGAGGAACCGUAAUGUGAUCUCUGAGGAGUCUGAAAACCUUAUUGACUGGGAGACACUGGGUCGCGCCAUGCGGUCACUACCUGCCGGUCUCCAGCGCUGGAUUACAAAACAUUGGGUGGGCAUGUGCGGCACGGGGAAGUUCAAAGUGUAUUGGGGCCUCGAAUCGUCCGCUGCGUGCCCUCGGUGCGGCGAGUUUGAAGAUCACUUGCAUGUUCCCCGUUGCCCAGCAGCCUCGGCUAGGGACGAAUGGGAUCGGAGGGUGACCGCUCUCUCGCUCUGGAUGGAUAUACAUCUUACCUCCCCCGCCAUCAAACAUGCGAUACUCCUUCUGCUUCAGGGUGUUCGCGAUUCAUCACGUCCCACCUCUCGUUUGAUCUCUCGGACCAUUCGCCCGGCCUUUCUGGCACAGGAAGCUAUUGGGUGUCAGGGACUUUUGGAAGGCAGACUAGCCUCCUUGUGGCUGUCUCUGCAACAAAAUUAUUUUGACGAGAUUCACAGUCGUCGGUCGGUUUCUCUGUGGGCCUCCCGUCUCUCCCAGCAACUCAUCUCCAUUGGGUUCUAUAUGUGGGAACAACGGAACGCCGUUCAACAUUCGGAUGACAAUGUUCAGCUCCGUGAACGUCACUGUGUUGUCAACGAGGGGAUUCACUCUCAGUUUGAUAUGGGUUCAGCUGAUUUACCUCCGGAUAUUAGACGCAUGCUGACAUGCCGUCACAGCGUCCUCCGUAAGUCACUGGUGGACAAGGAAGAAUGGCUGAAGCUACUUUGA